UAAUAUGUAGUUUAUAUCUUGACUUUUUCGAUAUAAAGGUGAAAAGUUGUAAUUCUAAACUGGUAAUCGAACUACGAAAUGACAGCUCGACUCAGUGAGUGCAUUGAAUUAACAAAAUUAGUUAAUUGUUAAAAUUAUAAGUUAUAAUUUAAAAGUGAACUACAAUGUUUGCCUACGUUUAAAAUGCAUAGAAACAUUGACAUUACAUCCAAAUUUUCUUCUUAUUUUGUACACUGGCUUUUAGUAGUGCCACACCAUUUCGUUCUGUCAUUUUUAUAUAAAAUUUUGGAGGUAGGUAUGUGAAAAAUUGCCGCGUUUAAUACUUGUGGUUGUCAAAUCGCGUUAUUGCUAGUAGCAUUGUGCAUGUUCGAAAAAACUGAAAAGUUUGUUUAAAUCGCUUUUUAAUCGUUAAAUAUGGUGCUUAAAUGUGCGGAAAUAGUGUGAAGUGUGUGAAAACCAAUGAGAGUGAAUGUUUUUUGGUGAUUUCCUUGCAUUUUUGGAUGUACCAACGGCGCACGCGGUCGCACAAUGGCGGACGUCAUGCGCAUGGAAAUAACUUCAUUGAGAUAAAAUGGGCUGCUUCUUUAGUAAAGACAAGCUCACCAAAGAGGACAUGGACUUCCUCAAAACUCAUACUUCUUAUGACGAGACCACGAUUAAAGAGUGGUACAAAGGCUUCAAGCAAGACUGUCCUAACGGAAGGCUGACGCCGGCCAAAUUCGUCGACAUGUACAAGAUGUUUUUUCCAUCUGGUAACGCAGUCGAAUUCUGUGAUCAUGUUUUCAGAACAUUCGACAUGGACAAGAAUGGAUACAUAGAUUUUAAGGAAUUUCUCCAAGCGAUCCAUGUGACAUCAAGCGGCACUCCCGAAGAAAAGCUCAAAUGGGCUUUUCGUAUGUAUGACGUUGACGGGAAUGGAGUAAUAGAUAUUCAGGAGAUGACCAAAAUAGUCCAGGCUAUUUACGACAUGCUGGGAGCCUGCUCAAGUAAUAGGCCGGCUGAUUCCGCCGAAGAGCGCGCUAAAAACAUCUUUGCGAAAAUGGAUGAAAACAAUGAUGGCCAGCUCACGCAGGAAGAGUUUCUUAAGGGAUGUCUUCAAGACGAGGAACUUUCCAAAAUGCUGGCGCCUUAAUUUGGUCCUAUAAUAUGUCGCGUCCCUUACUUUCUGCAAUACCUCAAACAAACCCCUUUUCGAUAACAAUACCCCUUUGAGGUGUAAAAUUGUUUCAUUCAUAUUUUGUGUCGAUUGUCGCAUAUGAUACGUCAAUUGGAGUUUUCCAGAAAUAAGUUUUAUUAAUUUCAGUGUAGGAAUUCGAUUGCAAAACUAUGAAAAAUUGGAACAAACGUAUAUAGUGUAAUAAAACUGAAUGUCCGUAUAAUUAUUUAAUAUCUUACUUUAUUAUUCAUUUUAACUUAGAUAAAGAAUGCUAGGUUUGUGACAAGAGACAUAACUUAGUCAUAUACAAAAUCCGAUAGGAAAAGUGUCAUUUCGACUUUAUUUUGUUUACAGCAGAACCAAUAGAAAUAAAAUAAAAUAAACAUUGCGCUAUAAAACCCUAUUCUGACAAUGUUAAAGUAAGUAGCUUCAAUGACAAAUAUACCUACUCCCAAUCGUGGGUGAGAAUAUAUUUUCACAGACACGUUGAAGUCCGUUGGUUCGUCUUGGGUAAUAAAUUAUUAUUAUUCAUAAUAGUUAAUAACAAACAGUUAUAACAAUAUAUCCAAUUUUCUAUUUGAUAAUAAUAAAAUUAAAUAAAAAAAACCGACAUCAAUAACUACAAACAACUAGAAUUCAAAAUUAAAAUGUAAUUUAUUACUGAAAGUUUUAUUUAUAUUUUGGAGUCGGUGUUAGGUAGACAGACGAUAUCAAACAAGUAGCAGGGAGCCGCUGAAUCCAGGCGGCGCAAGACCGUAGCGUGUGGAAGUGACAAGAGAUCUAUUUCCAGCAAUGGAUGUCUAUCGGUUGUUUAAUGACGAGAUACACAAAUAACAUCGUAUAUCCGAAUCGCAUUCGUAUUGAUUUACGCUACUGCAUAGCUCAACAGUUUGCGAAUCGAAUUCCGCUCGUGUGAAACGCAAACUGCAUGAUCCUAAAUAUCCGAUCUAAAUAUGAACGCUGACAUACACAUAUAAUAUCCACGAUGUCGCUAAUCGAACUCUGCUCUAAAUGUGUGGGCAACUCGUUUGAUCCGCAGUCUAUGGUUUCGAUCAACCUAAAUCUCAAUUCUAAAACCAGCGCGAUCGAUACAUAUUUAUCCGUCAAUAUAGACACCCGAAUUUAAUAGUCAUAAACUGUAAAAACAAUUUGUUUUUUUACAAUAACUACCUAUAUAUUACGUAUAUGGCAGAUAUACUUACUUAUAGGGCAGAUUACAUUAAUUUUCGUUGUCACAUAAGUACUAUUCUAAUGUAUAAAUAAUAAGUAUUGUGUCCGUACCGUUCACUUAGAUAAAUUUUCUU